AUGCAGCAACUCUGCGACGUCGGUCAUCACUCUGGGAUUGGACAAGAUGGCUUCUAUGCCCCUUACGCUGCAAUCGACGUCCGUGGUUUAGCCCAUGUGCCCAAAGGUAUAUCUCCUGAGGUGGCAGCGAUAGCCACAGAUGCCGUGGCAACAGCAUAUCAUGCCAUCUACAGGCGUGGUGAGAUCAAGCAGACCGAGACAGUUUUCUUAUUUGGACUGGGAGGACUUGGUUUCAAUGCUCUUCAACUCCUCCUAGAUAUUGGGGCACGAGUCGUUGUGUCCGAUAUCAGGCCGGAAAUUCUCGAGGAAGCAGCUGCAAUUGGCGUUCCAAAGUCAGAUUUAGUUCCAGUUGGAGAGCCUGUGCAAAAGUUUGUCACAGACAAGGGCUUAACUGGUAAGAUUGACGCCGUCCUGGAUUUUGUGGGUACUCACCAAACGUUCGAAGACGCACAGCAAAUUGAUUAA